AUGUGUGGAAUUUUUUGCACUAUUAUUCAUAAUAAAAACAUUAUAUUAUAUGCCUUAUUUGCAGAAUUUUACAAUGCCUUUAAAAACAGGGGUCCUAAUCAUUAUGAUGAAUUAUUUAUUGAAUUAUCAAAGCAUACAAUAAUUCAAUUUGCUGGUAGCGUUCUUUGGACCCAAGGUUCUACCCUUGUACCUCAACCACUUCAAUAUGAAGAAAAUAUUUUGCUAUGGAAUGGUGAUAUUUUUUUAAAUUCAAUAGGUAAUGAUGAAAAUGAUUCCAUGAAAGUUUAUAAAAAUUUACUAGAAGCUAGUAGAAAUGAAGAAAGCAUCGUUCAAAUUUUUUCAUCGAUUAAAGGACCUUUUAGUUUUAUUUAUUAUGAAAAGAAUAAGAAAAAACUUUAUUUUGGAAGAGAUAUUAUUGGACGUCACAGUUUGUUGAUUGGUUUUUCCCAAAGAAGUAUUACCAUUACAUCCGUUGGUAAUAGAAAAGUUGAAGGAUUGUUUGAAGUACCCGCUGUUGGAAUAUUCGAAUACGAUUUAGAAAAAGAAAUGCAAUUAACAAUACAUCCAUGGUCACACAUUUCUUCCAACAUGUUAGAUCUUCAUCUCCUAUUACCUAAAACAACAGCGGAAAAACUUCAAGUUGGGGAAAUUAUUCAAAAAGAUUUGUUACACACUCUAAAGGUUGCAUCCUAUUUUUUUAGAAUUCUAAAUGACAACUUUUACUCCUUAAAGUUUUAUUUUACUUAUUCGUCCAUUAAUAAUUUUCAGGAAUCCGUUCGGAUUAGAAUCGAAAAAAUGCCGAAAAUGUGUAAAAAUUGUUUGGAAAAGGCUAUCGAAUUGUCCAACGAUGAAGUGAAUUGCACUCAUUCAAAAUUAGCAAUUUUAUUUUCUGGCGGACUUGAUUCCGCCAUUUUGGCUUCUCUUGCUCACGGCUUUCUUCCCCUGGGAGAACCGAUUGAUCUUUUAAAUGUUGCUUUCGAAAGUAACUCAAAAGCAGGAGAAAACAAUAGCGAUGUGCCGUCAAAUGAUAUAUUUAAUGUUCCUGAUCGAAUGACCGGAUUGAGUACCUACAAAGAAUUAAAAACAAUGCAUUAUUCUAGACAAUGGAAUUUUGUUCAGAUUAAUGUAACUCGAGAGGAAUUAAAAAAAAAAAGAGAAGAAAUCAUCACUCAUUUGAUUUAUCCACUCAACACUGUUUUAGACGAAAGUUUAGGUUGUGCUUUAUGGUUUGCUAACGAUUUGAACGAAAAUUACGUUUCACCUGCUAGGAUCAUUUUUUCAGGAAUAGGAGCCGAUGAACAGUUGGGGGGAUACAUGAGACAUAGAAAUACGUUAAAACGCGACGGUUGGAGUGCUUUAGAUAAAGAAUUGCAAUUUGAAUUAAGAAGAAUUUCACAAAGGAAUUUAGGAAGAGAUGAUAGAAUAGUUUCAGAUCACGGUCGUCAGUUAAGAAUGCCAUAUUUAGAUGAAGAUGUUAUUAAUUUUUUGGAAUUUUUACCACCGUGGAACAAGUGUUAUCCUGUUGAUUCAAUGCCACCUGGGUUAGGAGAUAAAUUAUUACUUCGACUUGUAGCUUGGGAUUUAGGUUUUAGAGAUGCUGCCAAUUUUCCUAAAAGAGCUUUUCAGUUUGGAUCUCGAAUUGCUAUUAGUAGAGAAAAAGCUUGCCAAGUUUCAUUGAGGCUUUAA